AUGGCUGAUGGUGGAUUUAAGAUUGAUCCUUCCUUUGUCCAGGCUCUAAAGGAUCCUAAGCAGCGUUUCAUAGAUUCUAUGGUUGCAAAAAGCGCAAGGGAAAAAAGACGAAAAAUUAUAGCAGAUAAAAAAGCAAAGCGGUGUAGAGCUUAUGAAACUAAUGUAGUCUCUGUCUCUCCUAUUAAAGAACCUAUGGUUACUCAAACUGCAAGGGAAAAAAGACGACAAAUUAUUGCGGCAAAAAGAGCAAUGCGAUGUUCAACCUCUAAUGCAGUCCUCUCCAACAACGUUCAAAGCAGUCAACUAACAAAAUCCAAAGGUUGCAAAAAUUCAGGGUCGAGUGGUGAAAAACAUGAAGCAAGGGAAGUACCAUGGCAGAAACCACAAGGAGAUAAUUUUCCUACGAAUGCCGAAAAGAAAUGA